UGCGCUAGGUACGCGCACGCGCCCCGCAGCGCUCGAUGGCGGAGGUGGAGGGAGACAUCCGGAGCGCCAGCUCGCGCCGACACCCUCCGCGAGCAGCAGCGUGACGCGCACCGCGCCGCACAGCCCGUGUCGGCUCGCCUGCCCGAGAGCCCGCACGAGUGGCUCUGGCCAGCUGCGCCGUGUCGUGACACGCACCACUCGGCCACAAUCGACAAGACCACUCGAUACGUACUCCUGGAAUCACUCACCUUCAUCUUGUACACGAUUUUUAUGUCGAUACACUUGAUAUAAAUAUCGGAACUGGACGAGAAUAUCGCCGCCUGCGAUGAAGUGAUGUAAAUCGAUUGGGAUUAAUGACCAGUGGACAGAGCUGUCAAAUUUCCUAAGUUUCAUUCUCGCAAAUGUGAAAAGUUUGGAGAACAGCUCGUGGUUAGCGAGUGUGAACAGAGCGUCGCGGCGGCGGCGGCGGCGGGCGCAUGGCGACAAGCGGCGCCGAGCGCCGGCCGCGCCGCGGGCCCGCGCCUAUUGCCUCCUUUGAUCACGACGUGUCGGAAGAAUCAAGUCCGGAGAAUAAACAAGCUUUUCGUUUACCUGAGAUUCGUGAAGAUCCAGUGAGUUCAACGUCGAGUGUCAUUGUGUCGACAUCAGGCGGUGUCGACAGUCUCGCACCGCCAGAACAACGCGCAAGGUCACACUCUUCUCCCGCUGUUCAUACAACGACGACGGUGCCAACGACUUCUGGUCUACAAACGCCAGCCGCCCCUCGCAUUGACAUAUCUCGUGCAUCUAGUUCUAGUCACCAGGAUUCGCGUGAUAGCUCACCUGAACUGGCGCUAUUUGCGGGUGGAGGUAACAGUGAAGACACACGCGCUCGACUCGAACUUGGCUUUCGAGAAGACGGAGCGGCAGACCUUCGUUCAUCUACUGAAGAACUUGCAUUUUUAGAAGGUGCACCUGGUGGUAUAGACACGCGUGCACAAUCUGCAGCACCACCUUCUCGUCGUCACUCACGUAAGGAUAGUCAGAGUUCUGAGGUGGCACUUCUCGCUGUAUCAGGCCGAACUAGCCGACUCUCUAGUGUUGGAUCCCAGUGCUCCGCGCAUUCAGCACUCUCAGGAUUUAGUCACGCUAGCCGGAUAUCGAGGCUUUCCGUAGUGUCGGGUACUUCUCGUUCUCCUUCACCGCACAAAAUGCUACUUGAAACAUCUUUUUGUGGCCCAAAGCCGAUAGAGACUGAUCCCGAAAUAUGCACAGCUGCUGUUGAAGAAAGGCUCCUUGAAAUUGCUAAAAUGACGAAUGAAACAGCACCUUCAAUUUCUGAUCCUCAGUCAACGCCCAUUCAACCUGCUUCAAUCCCACCAGUCGACGCGCGUGACCGUCGCGAGGUGCGGACAGAAGUAACUGUUGAGAAUACGCGACCGGCUAGUGCAUCUCGCCUUACUUCUCCAAAUGCAUCUAACAGUGCACCCGCUCCAGGCCUAGCACCAUCUACUACAUCAUUAGAUGAUGAAAAGCGAUUAAAAGAAACAAGAAACCGUGCAAAAGUUGAAGAGCGCCGUGCAAGAUCCAGAGACCGCCGUGAACCAGUUCAGCCCGAAGUACAUAGACGUGGUAAUCGUUCGAAAGACAUAAUAAGAAUAAAACUUAAGCCUGACGAUGAAUAUGAAGAUGACGAAGAUGAUGAAAGUGAAAGAACUUUGAUAAGUGGAGAACCUGCACGAAAACCGAUAACGCUAGAACUAAACGAUCGACCUGCGCGUCCCAAUGAGCCAACAAGUCCACAAACCUUGAGGCGACAGCGAGAUAGUCGAACACCUUCCCCUUGUGGCGGACCAGUGUCGAGAAAAUCAUCUUUCUGUUCCCUUUUUAAGUCACGUGAAACUAUCGCAUCACCAGACUCACCAUCUGAUGCAUUGCGUCGUAAAAAGAGCCUUAAUGAAGGACGAUCUCGUAGCAAAAGCCGUGAUCGUUCUGCAACUCCCACUUCAACAGGGAAAAUAAAAGGCUCAGUACUAUCAUUGUUUAAAACACCACGGCGAAGUGGUGCUUCUCCUUCACCAGGUUCUCGCGAUGCGUCUCCAGUCGUCCAACAACAACGACAGUUCCCACAACCAACUGUAGACAAACAAAGAGGAGAAAAACUUAAGUAUUACGAGGAUUCAAAAGAUGGAAUUAUUCAUAUUCCCUUACAUACGCCACCUGAUGAACUUAAUUCGAAAGAAAAUAUAAACGAAAAAGUUUCUUCCCGUGAGAUUUCACGCCCUGCAUCAGCACCGCAACCGCGGGCUCCACUCGAACGAACUGCAGUUAUUCCUUCCGUUGCUCCCAUAUCCAUUCCAAAACGGACUCAAAGAACUGUACUACCCGAUGGGAGCAUUAUUAUUCCUUUACACUCUCCGACUGAAAAGACCGUUUCUUCUGAAUUAACUACAAAUGUAGAAUCUACUUCAGAUGCUGAACAUAUUGCAAGGAAACCAGAAAUAGAAUUCAUUCCCAAAAAAAGUAUCACCAAUGCUUCAGAACAAAGUUCUGAUGCAGGAUGUACGGAGGCAAUGGUAUCUGAAGAUGUUGCAGCAGUUGCAAAUGUCGCAGAUCGUCCUAAAAGAAAAGAACGGAUAAUAUUCACGACACAUGUGGGAAGCAAAGAACAGGUUUUCAGCACUCAGUUUAGUAUAACGAAAACACCGAGUAUUACUAGCGAAAUAUCAGAAUCGAUUCCAAGUUUCCCUGAAGAAGUCACAUCGAACGAAUUGUCACAUCCAACAUCGACCUUAAAAAAUAUUGAGGUUGAAGUAAAUGAGGUUUUGCCAACAAGCGAAGAAAUGGUCGGUGAAAUAGGAGAAGAACAAACGAUCCGACAAUUGAACACAAGUCCACCUCCAGACCCUGGUCGUGACUCUUCAGAGUCAGAAGCGAGUUCCGAGGUAGCGACGACUCAUGGAGGGAGCGAAGCGGAGCAUCGAGGUCUUGUAGUACAAGAAUCAUUUGAAGAGUUGCCAUACGUACCAACAACGCUUCCUUUGGAACGAUCGCUAGCAUUGCCGAUGAUCCCAAUACGCGACCGCAGUGACAUUCAUGUGGCUGGAGUACAGCGACCACGGGCAGCCCGAAGUGCCGGAGGAGCAUUGGGCGCCUUAACUCCCCCGUCGGUACCUACGCCCAGUAGCAACGCAGCGGAACUUAGCGGCGAGAGGUUACACAUCAGAUUACCACGGCGUGCACGUGCUGCUUCCACCGCUUCUGCUGCGGCUCCACCUCCUCCACCGCGCAACGCACGAGCUCGUUCUCUAAGUGGUGGUUAUGCAACCGGCAUGGAGGCGCGAGGCAAAUCAGACUGGAUUGACUUCUCCGAGGUACCGGAGCGACGGAAGCAGCCGAAGCGCAUUCAGACGUUACCAGCGACCGCUCGCGACUCUGUGGUAUUCAGUUACGUGCCGCCCGAGCGGUGUCGCUGCGAGUGCCACGCGCAUGGACACGCGGUAGACGCGCCACCCGACGACGAGCUGCCACUGCUGCAGGACGAUUCCCGGCACAUGACCGUCAGCUCCUCGUCGCUGGAGUUCGAGGAGGACGGCGGCCACGUGCAGGUCAAUGUGCAUAUCGCGCCCUUCACCGCCGACCUGGACUUGCAACACAACCUUGCAGAUACGACGCUGCCUCAAUGACCGGCGGCCGUCGCUUGCGCUCACCGUAACCAACUUGUGUCUCUACGAGUUUAACUUUUAUAAGAUAUAUUAUUCUCUAUUAACUUGAUGCGACAUGUUAUCAAUUUUGAGAUGUAAAUUUACCCUUUAAGUAUAUAAAUGUAUAGUGUCGUUUGUAACUCCCACUAUCCAUCGUUGACCUUGCAUUUUUCGAUGUUUAUAUUAAAUUGUUCGUGUUUAUUAUUUCGUUAUGCGAUCGUAUGUGCCGACUGUAUUAUAGCACGUAAAUAAGAUUUACGGACAGUGAUAUAGCGAAGCUGCUUUAAAUACUAGCUGAGUGUGACCGGUGGCGACCAACCGCAUCCUUAUUCAAACUUUAAAUUAAUAAUAUUCGUUGUGAAAGUAUUGCUCGUCUCAAACAUCUAUAUUUAGAUAAUCGAUUAUAAUUUACAAAUUUCACUAUCUAGCAUUAAUAAAGUAUUGAUUGUUCUGAAUAAUAAGGUAUUGUAGGUACUAUGUGUAUAUAGGUAUGUUGGAACGACGUUUGGACGAAAAUAUGUGGUUGAAUAAUUUAACAAAAAUAUUUGCUCAAUUAGCAGUGCACUGAUUACCGCUGUUAUUAUUUCAGCUUAUAUUUAUAUACAUGACAUAUGUGCAGUUCUCUUUAUCAGAUAUUGUACAGAAAGCAAGAUUUUUUUUUAAAUUCUAAAGUACGAUUAAUAGGUAAUAUCGUCGUAGAGAAAAAUAACUAAACUAUUUUGAAUUCCACAGCCAAUGAAGUUCUUACAUAAAUCAUUAUUUUGUCUCUAUUUGUGUCUAGUCGUCGUAUUUGUAAGAUUUAAGACGGCAAAGACAAUGAAAUAUUCAGUCGUUCGCUUCGCUAUAAAUAAAAAAAAACUCCACGGCAAUAACUAAAUCAAUUGAUUUUAGUUACGAAACAGUAACCUUUUAUUUUUAAGUUUGGAACGCUAUAACUCGAGUUACAAUUUAGAUAGGUACCUAAAUUGUUACAAUAUUUGUUUCUUUAGGUUUUUAUCUCUACGGGGACAUCACAAGGACGGUUUUAAAAACAAAACUAAAACUUUUGAUCGUUUUUGUAUCGUAUAUCUGUUGUACUGAGAUGAAAUAUAUAUAACAUUAUAUGUAUGUCUAAUUGAAGGAAUGGGCUAUUUUUAAUAGGGAUAACCUACUGAUACAAGGAUGUGUUUGGUGACGCAGUUUUGCCAUUUACAAGACAUAUUCAUUAGAUAUUUUGUUGUAAUUUUAUUUUGCUUCGACUAAUUAAUGUAGCGCUAUGAGUACCUACAUCGUUAUCGACUUAAUACAAUAUCUUAUUCAAACCUAUCUGUACAAAAAAAUUCUAAAAUAUAUACCAGUUGCUGAAUUUCGAUUGUAAAAAUAAGAAUAAACAUUUAUUUACAAAUACAAAAUUUGUCACAUGAAUGUGCAUUUUGUAGUUAUUGGAGCGAAACGAAUUAAAUAGUGUUAUAAAACCUUUACUAUCAAAGUAUUUAUACUAUUAAGAAAAGAGAUAUCAGUACAAGCUGCAUUUAUAACUUCGUCAUGGUAUUCUCACAUAUCAUGGGUCAAAGUUUUAAAUUUUGUUAAAUGUUUCAACCCGAUUACGGAGCAGUGGAACUAAACAUCGUUUGUACAUAUCAUGUACAAAAAGUCUCAUACGAUUCAUAAACAAAACUUCAAAUACCUAUCUAUUAAUGUUCCGAAUGUUUUAAAAAUUGUGUCAUUUGUGACAAUAUGGGAAACGAUAACAAAGUUUUAGAACGUUAAUGGUAAGGCGUUUGUUUAUGAUUCUACCAAAUGUUUUAGUCGUUUUUCGAGUUAUUAUUGUUGACCAUUUUAAAAUGUUAAUACUUUGUUAAAUUGGUUACUUUUAAAAUGAUAGAUAAAUUAAUAAAUCGCAUUUUGAAAAUUUCACAAAUAGCAAUAUUACAAAUUAUGUUUAAUUAAAAGUUAAUGCUUUUUAGAAAAAUAUAUUUGCCGAAUGUAACUAAUUAUUCAAUUAACAUGUUCAUAUUCCAAUCCAUCCUUGUCUCGAAGCUGUAUAAGCUACAGCCAGAACUGUGCGACCAAGCAAUUUAACCUGCGCGUGUCUGUGCAGUUAUAAAAUUGGCUUUUGUAUAUUAUGAAUAAGAGCAAUAGAUUAUUUAAAUAAUCAUUUUCUAGCUAGUCACCCAGUGCUGGUCCGUUUCGCUCGCCUUCGUUUUCUUCAGCAUAUUCUUGAUAGUUAUUUUCUUGCAAUAAUAAGUGAGAAUGUAUGUACCAAUGUUAAAAUACUUCUACAAUUUAGUCAAAAGUCUGAAAUAUUAAAUUUUGC